AUGUCUCUCUCCGAGCGCCUCACGACGAUGGAGGAGUACCAGCCAUGGAGUGCGCCGGGCAGUCGCGACUCCUCACGCAGCCGCAAGAUGUCGUUCAAUCCCGUCGGGACGUGGACCGAAGCUGCAGGGGAGCUGCAGCCUGUUGGCGCUUUCGAGGUGCCCAAAUGGAAGAGGUGCCUGCAGGUCUUCUGUGCUUGUAUCUACUGCCUUCUCGCCGCUGGCGUGGUGUUUGGUUACGCGGCAAUUAAGCCAGUCUUGCUGGAAGAAGGCGUGUAUAGGAAUAAGUGCUCGAAGCAAGAAUUGAAAGAUGAUGUACCAGUUUGUUACGAGCAGGAGCUAAGACUCAACCUCAUGUUCACAAUCGCUGCUGUCUCUACAAACGUUGUCGCGCUGCCUGUUGGCACAAUUCUGGACCGCUAUGGACCUCGCGUAUCCGGAAUCAUUGGAGCGAUAUCGAUCACGGUAGGAUCUUUGCUAUUUGCAUUCGCAGCUCAACUACCAUUCGACGCGUAUAUCCCCGGUUAUCUCUUCCUGGCACUAGGCGGACCGUUCGUGUUCAUCUCGUCCUUUCAACUCAGCAACACUUUCCCGCAGUACUCAGGCCUGAUUCUGGCUCUCCUCACUGGCGCGUUCGACACCUCGAGCGCCAUCUUCCUGUUCUACCGCCUGAUCUACCAAGCUACAGGAGGCGCCUUCACUCCCAAGAAGUUCUUCCUCGGAUACCUUGUGGUGCCUGUCUACAUCCUGCUGGUCCAGCUCUUCUUCAUGCCUUCGACAUCGUACAAGACAGUCGGCGAGCUGGUCACCGAAGUAGAGGAUGGCAACAGUGUCCACGAAUCAGAUGACGAGAUCGAGGACCAGUCUACAGUUCAGGGCUUACAAGACGCACGGCGCGCACACCGAGACAGUAUUGCCAGCGAGAUUACAGCCCUUCUGGGCACAAAGGACGGUGCAGACCAAGCCAAAGAGGAGGAGAAGAAGCGAAACAAAUCAGGAGUAUGGGGCGCUUUGCAUGGACGUACCGCUGCAGAACAGAUUAGAACGCCGUGGUUCAUCCUCAUCACUCUGUUCACAGUGCUGCAGAUGACGAGGAUCAAUUACUUCGUGGCGACAAUCCGCUCGCAGUACACGUACAUCUUCCACGACUACGCAAAAGCCGUCGAGAUCAACAACUUCUUCGAUGUUGCGCUGCCGGUGGGCGGCAUCAUCUCUAUCCCAUUCAUUGGACUGAUCUUGGAUAACACCAGUACGACCUUUACUCUAUCGCUCUUGGUCACCAUCGCAACCUCUAUCGGUGUUCUGGGCGUUAUUCCUGAAACUUGGGCGGCCUACGGAAACAUUGUGCUGUUCGUGCUGUACCGACCUCUGUACUACACUGCAGUCUCGGACUACUCGGCCAAAGUCUUCGGCUUCGCUACCUUCGGCAAGGUCUACGGUUUGAUCAUCUGCCUAGCCGGCCUUCUCAACUUCUCGCAAUCUGCCCUCGACGCCGCAACACACAAAGUGUUUAAGAACGAUCCCGUGCCUGUCAAUGUUGUUCUGCUAGGCCUCGCACUGCUUGUUGGCAUCGCGCUCGUGGCUUUUGUGUUUAGGAAAAGCCACAAAAUCAUGAGGGAGAACAUCGAAGAGGAGGCUGAGGAAGCAAGGGAAAGACUCAUGCCUGGUGUAAGUGUCGGUGUGCAAGAUUACGGUGCUGUCACUGCGAACGGCAAUGGAGUGAGCGCCAACGGAGAGGAGAGGAGGGGACGCACCAUGUGA